AUGUCUAAGUUCCAAGACUUUGAGGACGAGUUUUCCGCCAUCAAACAAUGUAGCGUCAAGGACCUAGAUUCAGAUCCAUUCAUAAAACAGUUGAACGGGCAGAAAGGUCUGACUCGUGACCGCUCUAUACAACGUGACAAAGAACGUUUAAACUACACAUUCAACAUUAGACAGAGCGAUCCGGGUCUCAAACACAAACUCGAUUCAUUACCAAACAGCGAGCCAGAAACACAUAAGAGGCAGCGACGCACCUCGCAUGCAAAUUCAGAAGGGUCUGAGAACGUCCACCUAAGUGAGACAAAUGAUACCACAGACGUUAAGCUCGAAGAAAUCGAGACGACUGUUACUUUAGAAGAACACACAGAUUUUCCAAUCGUUUCUUCUCAGGAUCGUAUUGACCUGAACCGUAAUACACAGGGCCCAGGUCAUUCCGUUGUCAAAAACGUCACAGAGCUGUCUUCGAAUCUAAGAGUGCCCAAGAAUCUUGACACUCCAGAGAAUGUCACUGAUGAGAUUGGAAUUGCUUUAGUUGAUAAGCCACAAGAGAAAAUACUACUCGUGGACACAAGUGAGAAUCUACUAGAGGAACCUAGUUUAGCCGUAUCUGCAAAUGAUGUCACGCUCAUGAAAAAUACAAUACUACUGCAGCUUGCGUCACCAUCCAUCCCUAAUAUCGACGACAGUCUACUUCUGACUCCAUCCAAAGAACUUCGCUCUGUUCUAUCACGUACAGUUGAGGAUGGCGAGAGCCAUAUGGUCCUCUUGAUCGGCCCUCAUGGACUGGGGAAAACGGUUGUCAUUAAUGAUGCCCUCGGGAGUUUGAAGGCUGCAGAAAACGAGAAAUUUAUCACAAUAAAGCUAUCAGGGUCACUCCAGCUGACAGAACAGCAUGCUGUUCGUGAGAUUGCUCGUCAACUCGACGCGGAAUUGAAAAACUCCACAGAAAAUUCUGAAGCAACGACAUUUGAGCAACGUGCCAUUAGUGACACGUUUGCAAAUAUCUUACGCACUUUAGAGGCCUCCGUUGAUUCCAAAAAACUGAGUUACGGAAAAGCUGACCUGCCAAUAAGAGUCAUAUUCGUGAUUGACGAAGUUGAAAAGUACACAGACACACCAAAACAGAUGCUUCUCUACAAUCUAUUCGAACUCACUCAAAACCCGAAGGUGCCAAUUUGUGUUGUAGGAGUUACAGCAAAAAUCAACAUCAGGGACCUUUUUGAAAAGAGAGUUCGCAGUCGAUUUAGUCAACGAAUUAUCACCACCCACCUUGCCUCAACUCUCGAGGAUUACUGGUCUAAUGCCUCCAAAGUUCUCAAGGUAGACAGCAGCAUGUUCGAGAAAUUUGAAGCGCCCCAAUAUCCACGGCUUUGGAACGAUCGCAUUGAACAACUUUACCACAGAUCAACGGGACUUAAAAGUCUUGUAUUCAAAAGCUAUUUUGCCACAAAAAGCAUGAGUCAAUUCAAACAAGCCAGCAUGUUACCUGUCAGUGAAAUCACAGAAGCCAAUUACACUGUUAAUGCUGACGAUUUCGGGAUAUAUUCACGAAAUGCUAUUGACGGAGUAGAGGCAAAAAUCGCAUCCUGCUCGCUGCUUGAAUUAAUGAUGGUCAUUGCUGCGGCCAGAUAUACACACAGAUCUGAAAAUAAUCAGGUCAAUUUCAAUUUAGCAUAUAACGAGUAUGUGCAAAUGCUUAAAGCCUUCAACACAGAAGCAACGACUCUCUCAGUGAGUGGAUCGAAUCCCAAUGCAUCCCACAUAGAUAGUUUGGUAUUAGCAGGUAUUAAGGUAACAAGGGCUGUGACUUCUGCACGGAUUAUGCGAGAUCCUUGGGGGCGUUUGUUUACUAUGGGACUUUUGUUUGAUGCAUUGACUACAAGUAACGAGGUGAACGCACACAACAAUCUUAACAUGUAUAAAGAGAUCGUAUUGGAAGACGCGAGGAUGCUACAACUAGAUGUAUCGCUUGAAGAAAUUCGGAAUCUUCUCAGUGGUGAUUCAUUCAUGGAAAGACUCACGAAGAUCUAG